GCGUUUCCAAUGCGGUGCGCGCGCAUUACAUAGUCUCGCUCCACGAGAAAAAGCCAGGAUGCCUGCAGAGGACCUCUCAUCCUCCAGCGCCUUCUGCAAACAGCAGCAGUCCACAGUGUCAGAGGCAGCACCAGUCACCACUACACAACCCCAGCAGCCCCCACCUACCUCCUCUUCAGAUAGUACACAACAACCCAUCACACUAGACAUCAAUGACUUGUUUGAAGUCCACUCUGAGCUCUGCAAUGUUGCUGCGGAGUGGAAAGGUCUGGGUCUGGCCCUGAGACUCCAUCCUGGUACCCUUGACACCAUCGAGGCAGACUGUCGCGAUGUUCAGAGCCGUCUCAGGGAGGUCCUGACCCAGUGGCUGAAGAAGGCUUACGACACUCGGAGGUUCGGAGCUCCGUCGUGGCAGCUGCUUGUGGCUGCAGUGGCCCACCCUGCCGGGGGAAACAACCCUGCCCUCGCCCUCACCAUCGCUCACAAUCACAAUGUAACUCCACCUCCAGCCCACAACUGAGUGCAAGACCCGACACAUUCUAUGAACACCCUCUUGUUUU